AUGGCCAAUGAGAAUCACGGCAGCCCUGCGGAGGAAGUGUCUCUCAUGAGUCACUCACCUGGCACCUCCAACCAGAACCAGCCCAGCUCCCCCAAACCGAUGCGCCUGGUGCAGGACCUGCCAGAUGAGCUGGUGCAGGCUGGCUGGGAGAAGUGCUGGAGCAAGCGGGAGAACCGCCCUUACUACUUCAACCGCUUCACUAACCAGUCUCUGUGGGAAAUGCCUGUUCUGGGACAGCACGAUGUCAUUUCAGACCCGCUGGGAUUGAAUGCAGCUCCAAUGCCACUGGAAGGUGGAGUGGCAGAUAGUUCUGUGGAGAGCAAGCACAGGAAGAGGAGAUUCUCUGAGGAGGUUCCACUGAGCGGCAACAGCGCGAAGAAGCCCAAGGCGGACGUCCCGGGGAACCCAGCUGCUCAGCCAGUCCCCAGCUCUCCCAGUAUCCCAGGUACCUCUGUUUUGAAGGCAUGGUGUGUUUCACCUGAAGAUAAACAGCAGGCAGCUCUUCUACGACCAACUGAAGUCUAUUGGGACCUGGAUAUUCAGACAAACGCAGUGAUUAAGCAGAGAGCACCAUCUGAAGUGCUUUCUCCACACCCUGAGGUGGAGCUGCUCCGAUCCCAGCUCAUUCUCAAGCUGCGGCAGCAUUACCGUGAGCUCUGCCAGCAGCGAGAAGGGAUUGACCCCCCAAGGGAGUCCUUCAAUCGCUGGAUGUUGGAGAGGAAGGUGGUUGAUAAAGGGACAGAUCCUCUUUUACCCAGUGACUGUGAGCCAGUAGUGUCUCCUUCCAUGUUCAGAGAGAUCAUGAAUGACAUUCCCAUCAGGUUAUCCAGAAUCAAGUUCCGGGAGGAAGCCAAGAGACUGCUCUUCAAGUAUGCAGAGGCUGCAAAACGGCUCAUUGAGUCCAGGAGUGCUUCACCAGACAGCAGGAAGGUAGUGAAGUGGAAUGUGGAGGACACCUUCAGCUGGCUGCGACGGGACCAUUCGGCCUCUAAGGAAGACUACAUGGACCGCCUGGAGCACUUGCGCAAACAGUGUGGGCCCCACGUGUCUGCUGCAGCAAAGGACUCUGUGGAAGGCAUCUGCAGUAAGAUUUACUACAUAUCCCUGGAGUACGUCAAGCGGAUCCGGGAGAAGCAUCUUGCCAUCCUCAAAGAGAACAAUAUUUCCGCUGAGAUAGAAGCCCCUGAAGUCCAGGACAGGCUCGUGUACUGUUACCCAGUGAGACUGGCCAUCCCCUCCCCACCGCUCCCCAGCGUGGAAAUGCACAUGGAGAACAACGUGGCGUGUGUGCGGUACAAGGGGGAGAUGGUCAAAGUGAGCCGCAACUACUUCAGCAAGCUGUGGCUUCUCUAUCGGUACAGCUGCAUUGAUGACUCUGGCUUUGAGAAGUUUCUGCCCAGGGUUUGGUGCCUUCUCCGUCGAUACCAGAUGAUGUUCGGCGUGGGUCUGUAUGAAGGGACUGGUCUGCAGGGUGCACUUCCCGUGCAUGUCUUUGAAGCCCUCCACAAGCUCUUUGGAGUGAGCUUUGAAUGCUUUGCCUCGCCCCUGAAUUGCUAUUUUAAGCAGUACUGUUCAGCCUUUUUGGAUACAGACGGGUAUUUUGGAUCCAGGGGCCCAUGCCUGGAUUUCUUCCCUAUAAGCGGCUCUUUUGAGGCAAACCCUCCAUUCUGUGAGGAGCUGAUGGAUGCCAUGGUCUCUCACUUCGAGAAACUGCUGGAGAGCUCCAGUGAGCCUCUCUCCUUCAUCGUCUUCAUCCCUGAGUGGCGGGACCCUCCCACACCAGCCCUGACCCGCAUGGAGCAGAGCAAGUUCAAGCGGCACCAGCUCAUCCUGCCAGCCUUUGACCACGAGUACCGCAGCGGCUCCCAGCACAUCUGCAAAAAGGAGGAGAUGUACUACAAGGCUGUGCACAAUACGGCCGUCCUCUUCCUGCAGAACAGCGCGGGCUUUGCCAAGUGGGAGCCCACACCAGAGCGGCUGCAGGAGCUCGUUGCAGCCUACAAGCAUUCAGGCCGGACCCUCAGCUCCUCGUCCUCCUCCUCCUCAUCCUCCUCCUCCUCCUCCACAGCAGAUAAAGAGCGGGAGCUAGGCCGAGAGCAAAGCAGCAGCCGGGAGACGAACCCCAACUAAGGCUCAGAGGUGCAAGGCAGCAGGGGAGGUGCCGGCGGCCCCAGAGGCUGCGGGGCAGGGGAGGGACU